CAUCACAGAAGGAAUACAGUUUGUUUUCAGAGCAGCGUAAAAACCCUUCAGAGCACAGCAGCAUGGGGAGCAGCAUGUCAUGUGUCCCCCAGCACAACUUCAGAUACUCCAGCAAGAGUUUCAUACGCAGAAACAGCAGUCGCCUGUUUCGCAAGAAUAAUCCCCAAGAGGGACAGGAGAAGUCCAACAGCAUCAUCAAUAUCCUCUGCACCGUCACCCCCAGGAAGGAAAUGUCCCAUAAAGAUCUGCAAAAGAUAGACAACAUCAAGUGGGAUCCUCCGUUCCCCUAUGACCUGGCUAGUGGCUGGAAGAAGAGCAGCAUCAAUGUGAAGAAUUAUGGACGAAUGAUUCACAGCUCCAAAGUUCGUUUUCGUUUCCUUCACUGCCAGGAUGUACAUGAUUGCUACCUGGACCUCUUCCAAACACACCUUCAUUUUGUCUCCAACAACACAACCGGACUGACAUACCAAGGAACUCUUCCAUUGAAAGAAAUCACCAUCUGCAACCUACAACAGAACUGCAACCACAGCCAACCCCAGGAAUAUGCCUUUCAAAUAAACGGUGUCAGCCUUAACCCCAUCAUCGUCUACUGUUCCAACCAAGAAGAAAUGGACAUGUGGUUUGGCAUGCUCAAAGAAAACAUUGAGGCCAACGGCGGCACUCCAAUUGCACCCGAAAACUACACCAGAGUGAAAGACAAGACCAAUGAGGGCAGAGAGGAGCUGAGAAACUCCGUUAACAGAGAGCCCAUCUACGAGUGGGAGGGCUCUCAGCGUGACAGCCUUGGCACCAUCGCCUAUGUCACUAAAGUCCGACUGCAGCACCUGCCCUGUCAGGAACAGGGUGACAGACUGCUGGUGAUGUACCCAUCGACGCUGAUAAUUCUAUCAGAGGAGAAUGAUGGGCUCUUCUAUAAGGGGAAACUUCCACUCAACAUGAUUACUGUGACCACGCCCUGCCAAGACGUCAAGCCCAACACCUUUAUGAUCGAAGGGAAGCUGAUCAACCCCAUAGUGGUGUCGUGUCUGGAUAGGGCCGAGUUCUGCGACUGGAUCCAGCAUUUCAAAAGUGCUGACGUGCCCGUUCUCAGCCCCGCCCCCGUGUAUGACAUCAUCUACACCCCGACGCACAGAGAGGUUCCACAGUUUGACAGGUGGAGUGGAAACAGCCAUGGACGCACUGAGUCUAUUAAGUUCGGCCAGUCACAGAGUGGAUGUGGGUCCCACAACCUUCAGUUACCCAUCCAUGAGGACAACCCUCUCUCCCCGGGAUACACCGAACCCCUCUGUUACAGCUCCAGUCGUCCCUCCUCAACUGAGACGGCCCGCCUGGGCAGCCGGACCAACAGCGUGUCUUCCCACACAAGGCCAGAGCGCGACCUACGACCUUUGUCACAGCGCUACUCCUCCCCCCAGCGCAGCUCCUACCUCCAGCCUGCUGAGAGCUCAACGCGGUCUCAGGUCUACAGCACUCCUUACUCUGCCCUGCACCGUGCCAGCCCACAGCGGCUGGAGAAAGCCCCGCUUGUCAAGUCCAACAGCUGGAGCACCCCUCAGACAUCCCUGAACUACUCCCUGAACACCCCACAGCGCCACUCCGACAUGUGCGCCCCCCGACAGCCCUUGUCCCCCCUUUACGAUGAGCCCUGCAGCCCCGAAAUCUACUCCCUACAUGAGGCCAGGACAGUGCAGCAGAGCUGGCAAGAGCCAAUUCAUCACCACCACAACCACAACCACCAGCAAGGUCCCCAGCACCUACCCUCCUCCUUCCAGCUCCGCACCCCUCCCAUGGGGAAGCGCUGCAGGAGAAGCCUGGUACUGACCAACUCCCAGGGACAGGCUCUGGGCCUGGAGAUGGAGACUAAUCAGAGCCAAGCAGAGCAGAGAGCCGAGGCCGUCUCAAGGCUGAAGCUGCUCACUGCGCCCGGCCAAGUGCAAGAGCAGACGUUGAACUCGGCGAGGAACACCCCUCAAAUACCUUAUGGUUACUCACCAGAUCACGACUCGUACCUAGAACCCAUAGAACCAGAUGACCAGGAAAUGGACUAUGACAACAUUUGGGAGUCCGACUGUGAUACUGGAAUGAUUCAGCCAACGUCUGGAAUUUCGACACACUGGACAGGAUUAGACUAUGGGGCCAGAGGCCUUGGUGCCAUGGCAACCCAGCAGAGAUGGUCAUAAAACAAAACAAUAGCCCGGCACUCGUCUGGACGUGUGCAAACAACAGAUUUCUAUCAGAGGGAUAAUAAAAAGCCGACUAGCACAGCCAGUGUUGCUCCUGCUGCAUACAGUAUGAACCAACAAAUCCCAUCAACUGCAUUGUUAGAUGUCGGGUAGCCAACGAGAGGAACGAUGAGUGCAGGAAUGAAGAGGAACGGGAUAAAAACAAAACACUAUGACCGUAAUAACAGACUUCUUCUGUUUAAUAUGUAGCAUUCAAGAGAGAAGACAGCAAAGUGUACAUACUGUGUAGUUGUAACGUUAUUUUUAAUGUAUUAUGAAAUUGCACUAAAGGUUUCAUAUGUAGUGCAUAAGCAGUAUGCUGUCCAGUUUACUUAUUGUUCAAUUUUCUUUUGUUUUUAUUUAAAGCUAUAAACAACAUUCCAUCAGGGCUUUAUGUAGCAACAGAUGUAUAUUUUUGUAAAUGUUGUAGAUUUAUUAUUUUAUUAUGCUGCAUUAUCAAGGCAAUUAGAUGUGGCUUGAAGCGACUGACUUAAAAGGUGCUAAUAUAACUAGUACCACUGCGGUACUGUACUGAUACCUGUGUGGCUUCCUUUUAUAUUUUUGU